CGCCCCUUUUGAUGACGUGCCUAUUGACUGGCAACAGUGAAAUGACUGAAGCGAAACUAAUGGGAACUGGAUCUUAAGAUGUUUGUUUAAGCUGUUGAUGACAUCACUGAUUAGUCAACGAAUACAAAUGUGAAUAUGUGCUCUAAAUUUUUACUGAGUCUACUGGAUUUACGCACAUACAACUUGGGGGCUCAAUGGAAAGAAAUCUAUGCUCGAAAACCAUUUGAGAUCAUAUUCAUUUGCUGUAUGCAGUUGAUAAAUAUCCAACACAUUUUUAAGCAGAUCAAGCCAAAUGAUUCGUAAAAAUAGCGAAGCAUCGAUGACCGAACCAAUCGCUUUCCAUAUUGGAAAUUGGACCGAUGAGCAAUUGUAUCACAAUGAUAUUGACACAUCAAUCCAUUUCAGCUCCGCCAUGGAGCAACAAAAAGAAUACAAAUCGAGACUAAAAGAAAAAUUUCUGUGUUUUCAACAUGACUUGUCCAGACAAACUCAUCCUAAGUUGCUAAAUGACAUCUUCACAGAGCUUUACAUCACUGAGGGGGAAAGUGAUGAUGUCAAUAAAGAGCACGAAGUGAGACAGAUCGAAACUGCUUUGAGGAGACAAACCACAGUUGACGUUCCAGUCAAAUGCAAUGACAUUUUUAAACACUCACCAAAUGAAACCAGACCCAUCAAAUGUGUCCUGACAAAGGGAGUGGCUGGCAUUGGUAAAACAGUCUCGGUGCAGAAAUUCAUCCUGGAUUGGGCAGAAGGAAAAGCAAAUCAAGAAAUUGAAUUAAUUUACCCACUUCCAUUUCGAGAGCUGAACCUGAUGAGAGGGAAACAGUUUAGCUUAGUUGAGCUUCUCCAACACUUCCAAAUGGGAGGAGAUGUUCACGAAAGGCAAAAGGUACUCUUUAUCUUUGACGGUUUGGAUGAAUGUCGCUUUCCUCUGGACUUCCAGAAUAACGGAAGACUCCGUAACCCCAAAGAGCCGGCCUCUAUUGACGUUUUGCUGACAAAUCUUAUCAACAAGACCCUGCUUCCCGAUGCCCUCCUCUGGAUAACAUCUCGACCAGCAGCAGCCAAUCAGAUUCCGCUUGAGUACAUUGACCUGGUGACUGAGGUUCGAGGGUUUAAUGAUCCACAGAAAGAGGAGUACCUGUACAAGAGCAUCAGUGAUAAACAUCUCGCUUGCAGAAUCAUCACACACCUGAAGUCAUCCCGAAGUCUGUACAUCAUGUGCCAUAUCCCGGUCUUCUGUCUGCUCUCUGUGACCGUCCUCGAGAGGAUGUUAAAUGUGGCAGAGGAUGGAGAAAUCCCCAGGACACUCACUCAAAUGUACACCCACUUUCUUCUCAUCCAAACCAGAACCAAACACAUAAGAUACUCUAAAGAUUACAAGCCAAGCCCGAAUGAUGAAGAUAUGAUUUUAAAACUAGGCAAACUAGCUUUCCAACAGCUAGAAAAGGGAAAUUUGAUAUUCUACGAAGAAGAUCUGACGGCUUGUGGUAUUGAUCUGACUGAGGCUGUGGUCUACUCGGGUGUCUGCUCACAAAUCUUCAGAGAGGAAUCAGCACUAACCCAAAAUAAAGUAUACUGCUUUAUCCAUCUGAGCAUUCAAGAGUUCUUGGCAGCUGUUUACGUGUAUUUCAUGUUUAAGAUCAACUGUAAGAAUGUUCUCGAUCAUAAUGCAACAGAGACCACUUUGUCCGAUUUGCAUAAGAGUGCCAUCGACCAGGCCCUGCAGAGCGAGACCGGACACCUGGAUCUUUUCCUCCGUUUCCUGCUGGGCCUAUCGUUGGAGUCCAAUCAAAGCCUUUUAAAAGGCCUGGUAUCUCAAGCUGUUUGCAGAACAUCUCAAGGUGUAGAGGAGACAGUCGAAUACAUCAAGAAGAUGAUAGAGGACACCUCGUUGCCAGAAAAGUCCAUCAAUCUCUUUCACUGUUUGAACGAACUGAACGAACUGUCUUUGGUUAGAGAGGUUCAGCGGUUCCUGAGCUCGGGACAUUUUUCAAAACUUUCCCCCGCGCAAUGGUCUGCCAUGGUUUUUGUGUUAUUGACAUCGGAGGAGAAGCUGGAUGUUUUUGACCUUAAGAAGUAUAUUAGAUCAGAUGAAGGUCUCAUCAGAUUGCUGCCAGUGGUCAAAGCUUCAGAAUCUGCUCUACUGGAUAACUGUGGACUUACCAUGAGAUGUUGCAAAGCUCUUGCCUCUACUGUGAGCUCAAGCACUUCAAAUGUACGAGUGCUGGAUCUGUGCAGUAACUCCAUAGAGGACAAAGGCCUGGAGCUUUUGACAGCUGGACUGAAAAAUGCACAGUGUAAAUUAGAGGAACUAAGACUAUCAUACUGCAGAAUCACAACACGAGGCUGCUCUGUUCUGCAGUUGGCACUGCUUCCAAACCUUCCAAAUCUUCGAGCACUGGACCUGAGUGAAAACAGUCUCAGAGAAGCAGGAAUUGGGAUGGUGGCCAGUUACUUGGGAAAUCCAGACUGUAAGCUUGAGAUACUGAGACUCAAGGACUGUAGAGUCACACCCAAAGGCAGCUUUGCAAUUGCAUCGGCCCUGCAGGCCAACCCGUCUCACUUGAGAGAACUUGAUCUCCACUGGAAUAAUCCAGGAGAUGACGGAGUAGAGAAGUUUUCUGCCGUGAUUGAACAUUCACUCUCCAAACUCGAAACACUUUGGUUAAGUUAUGGUUUGCUCACUGAGAAGACCUGUCAGGCUUUGGCUUCAGCCCUGAUGUCCAACUUCUCUACUCUGAAAGCUGUAGACCUAAGCGGCAAUGCAAUAUAUGAUACUGGAAUAAAAAAGCUCUCAAAUGGGCUUAGAAGCCCAAAUUGUCAGCUGGCUAUUUUGAGGUUGGCAUCGUGUGAGAUCACAGAGAUGGGUAUUGGUGACCUGGCUUCUGCACUGACAUUAAAUCCUGAUUCACUAAGAGAGCUGGACCUUAGACAAAACCUUAUUAAAGAUUCUGGUCUAACAAGACUCUCUGAAGUGCUGGAAAAUUCCCACUGUAGGCUAGAGACGCUGCGUUUAGGGGACAGUGGAGUCACAAAGGAAGGUUGUGCUGUUCUCGCAGCUGCUCUUAAUUCAAACCCUUCGUAUCUGAUAGAGCUGGACCUGAGUGAUAAUAAUCUGACAGAUACAGGGCUGAAGCUCCUUUUUCCAGUGAUGAGGAAUCACAGAAGCAAAAUAAUGAAGUUAAUUUUGAGUCAGUGUGGUUUGACUAUGGACUGUUGUGAUUUGCUGGCUACGACUCUUGGAGAAAAAUCCUCAAGUCUCAGAGAACUCAACUUGGGAGGAAAUAAUCUGCAAGAUCUGGGGGUAAAACACCUUUGUGCUGGAUUGGAAAAUCUACAAUGUCAACUAGAAAUUUUGAGUCUGUGUAACUGUGGCGUCACAGGGGAAGCUUGCAAAGUCUUAGCCUUUGCACUGAAGUCUGAUCACUCAGUUUUAACAGAGCUGGACCUGAGUGAAAACAAUCUCACAGACUCAGCCGUCAGACCGUUAUCUGUCCUGUUGGACACUCCAGACUGUAAACUUGAGAAAAUUGUUUUGUUUUAAUGAACAGAUCUGUGGAUACCACAGCAUGCAUCAACAUUUGAUGAAAGUGUAGCAGAUUGCUGCCAUACCCCUCAACACAGGAAUGGUAACCUGUGACUCCGUUUACUUGUUGGUACACAUGUAGAUGAUUAAUCAUAAUUUUAUAUAGAUUAUUCCUAUAUUUAUAACAAUUUAUUACAUUCCACCAUGGUAUUCCUGGUUUUAAUGUAACAGAUCUGCAUUCAUUUUAAAAGCUAAUUUGUUACAGUGGUGCCAAUUUUAGAAAGUGAAAGGUGGUUUGAGGCGAUUCAUUAAAAUAUACUGUCAACACUACUCACUUUCUUUUGUUGUGUAUAUAUAAAUGUAUUCAACAUUUCCUCAGUGUUGGUAUGAUUAUUUUGUUCCUACACUGGCUUUUUUACACUUUAGUCAUACAAUUUGUGCAAGACUGAACAAGGAAAUUGAGUAAUUAUUUACUUAUAGAUCUUAAGUUGUAACUUGCAG